UGGGCAAGAGCCCAACCCAUUGUCAUUCUUUAUCCUCUCUCUCUCAUUGUCAUCCAUGGAGUCUCUUUCGACUGUGUUCUUCGGUUCUCCUCCUCUCCAAAACCAUCUUAAAACCCAGAAUCCUAUCAACUCUAAACCACGCUUAUUUCUCCAAACGCUCAUUCCUUCUUCUUCUUCAUCAACUUCUCAGCUUCAUCUUUCCAAUUCUCUUCAAACCCAUUUGUCUUCUUCCUCCGAUAACAUCCAUCAACCAAACACUGACCCCCCUUCAAACCAUCUUCAAACUAAUCACUUUCUUCUCAAAAGGUUUCCAUUUUCUCAAACAUUAGCUAAAACCCACUUCUAUUUUGUGCUCACUGAGCUUAUUACCAAUAAUUAUACUCCUCCAUGUUUUGCGUCUGAAUCUCUAGUCUCCUCCUCAACUGAUCAAGUUUCAGCAAACAAAAUCGACUUGGAAGCACUCUUAGUCACAAUUGAUAAUUUUUUUAACAGAUACCCUUUUUUUGUUGCUGGGUGUACUUUCAUUUGGUUGGUUGUUAUACCUUUAACCCAAGAGUAUUUCAGAAAAUACAAGUUCAUAUACGCCAUUGAUGCCUUUAGAAAACUGCGAGACGACCCAAAUGUGCAGCUCUUGGACAUUAGGGACCAGAAGAGUUUGAGGUAUCUCAAGUCCCCAAAUUUGAAGAUCAUAAAUAAGAGCGUAGUGCAAGUUCAAUUUUCAGAGGAUGACACAGAUGGGUUUAUAAAGAAGGUUUUGGAAAACUUCAAAGACCCAGCAAAUACUGUUAUCUGUAUUCUGGACAACCUGGAUGGCAAUUCCCUGAAAGUGGCUGAAUUAUUGUUCAAGAAUGGAUUCAAAGCGGCUUAUGCAAUCAAAAACGGAAUUGCAGGCAAAAAGGGGUGGAUAGAAAUACAAGAAACUCUUUUGCCACCUUCUACACAUAUCUAUCCCAAAAAGAGGAAGAUUAAACAGUCAGAAGAACCUGUAACGAAUGGAGUUAUUGGGAAUAGUGAAGAUGAAAAUAAGGUCACCUCUACUAGACCUGGUUCCACAGCAGACAAUCAAGGUAGCGAUCGGGGACAUGUAGCUAAGACCACAGAGUCCAUUUUAACAACCAAAAAUGGUGCCAAAUCAUCCUCCCCUUACCCCAAUUAUCCAGAUUUGAAACCUCCGUCCUCCCCAACUCCAUCAAAGCCCUCAAAAUGAAGCUUCUAACCUUGUUGCCUCAAUUUUGACAGAACUGUUCAGUAGUAGAGUUGUGUAAUAUCUGUCAUUAGUGCAGUAACUCUUGCCUUUCUUGGCAUUUACGUAAAAUAUUUACAUUGUAAAUUGUACCAAGUAUACCUUUUCAUUUAUUUAGUCUUAAUAUUU